CACCACCCCAACCCAUCUAACAACACAGAAUACACAGCCCAAAACCCCUCCAAAGAAUCAACCCAAAAGCACGAAAGGGGAAAAGAAGAUAGAAAAUGACAUCCACCGAAAAACCCACCCCCUCCGAACAGGCCAAAAACCUCACCCCCGCAGCAAUCCACUCCGCCCACACCCUCAUAAAACCCCACAUCCACAAAACGCCCCUCCUAACCAGCAAAACUCUCAACACGCUCGCCUCGACACCACAACCGGGCGUCGCAGACGCAGCGAGCCCCACGCUGCGCUUCUACUUCAAAUGCGAGAAUUACCAGCGCAUUGGGGCGUUCAAGGCGAGGGGGGCGUUCCAUGCGCUGUUGAGGUUGUUGGAGAGGGUUGGGGAGGAGAAGCUUAGGGCGUGUGGGGUUGUUACGCAUUCUUCUGGCAACCACGCACAAGCCCUCGCCCUCGCAGCAUCAACGCUCAACAUCCCCGCCUACAUCGUGAUGCCACGGAUCAGCACAGUCUCAAAGAUUGAAGGGACGCGCUCGCAAGGCGCCGAGAUCGUAUUCAGCGGCUCGACGGCACCAGAGCGAGAGGCCGUCGUGCGGGAAGUGCAAGCUCGGACCGGGGCGAUUCUCGUCCCGCCUUACGACGACUUCGACGUCAUCUGCGGACAGGGCACGACGGGGUUGGAGCUGGAGGCGCAGUAUAAGGCGCUUGUUGGUGAUGAGGGGAAAGAGCUGGAUGCGGUGAUUACGCCUGUUGGUGGGGGUGGACUGAAUGCGGGGGUUGCGACUUAUUUCUCCGAGAAGCGGACGAGGGUGUUUGGGGCGGAGCCGAGUUUUGAGGGCGCGGAUGAUUGUCGGAGGGGGUUGGCGAGUGAGGGGAGGGAGAGGGUGGAGGUUGUGAAGUCGUUGACGAUUGCGGAUGGGUUGAGGACGCCGGUGGGUGUGUUGAACUGGAAGGUGUUGUCGGAUCCGCGGAAGGUGGCGGGUGUGUAUGCGGUGACGGAGGAGCAGAUCAAGGCGGCGUUGAGGCUCGUUCUGGAGAGGAUGAAGGUCGUUGUGGAGCCGAGUGCGGUGGUUGGACUGGCGGUUUGUCUGUAUAAUGAGGAGUUCCGGGCGAUGGUGGAGCGGGAGGCGGGGAGUGUGGGGUGGGAUGUGGGAGUUGUGUUUAGCGGGGGGAACACGACGGUAGAGGCGAUUGGGAAGCUGUUCUCUUGA